AUGGAAUACACAGAUCAAAAGCCACUCACCACUCACUUCGUAUCCGCCACCGACUCGCCCGGGUUCACUCACCUGAGCUGGGCUCUGCCUCGCUCCUCCGUCAUCGGACUCGACGCCGAAUGGAAGCCAAUUCGCACCCGUCAAGACACUUUCCCCACCGUCUGUCUCCUCCAAAUCGCUUGCCGACUCGUCGGCAACGACGAUUCUACUGCCCAGCAGAACGAGUCUUUGGUCUUCCUACUUGACCUCUCGACAAUUCCUUUGUCUUCAAUCUACGAGCUAAUGAAGGAUGUGUUCGUGUCGCCUCAUAUUCUCAAAUUAGGGUUUUUAUUUAAACAAGAUUUGGUUUUCUUAUCUUCUACUUUCUGCUCUCAAGGCUGCGAUCCUGGAUUUGAUAGGGUGGAACCCUAUUUUGAUAUUGCAAGCAUAUACAAUUAUCUUCAACACAACCAACCCGGAAGAAAGAUGCCAAAGGAAACCAAGGGCUUGUCAACUAUCUGUGAGGAAAUAUUGGGUUUCUCGCUUUCCAAGAAACUUCAAUGCAGUGAUUGGUCAUGCCGUCCUCUUACAGAAGAGCAGAAGGCAUAUGCAGCUGCUGAUGCACACUGUUUGCUUGAGAUAUUUAAUUUCUUCCAGGUCAAGGUUGCCAAAGAAGGGCAUUCUUCAAAUUUGGAUCUUGAGGCUUUAGAGUUGGUCCGCGCCGUCUCUUCUUAA